GAAACUUGAAGAGUCUAUUAUUACUCUUAGCAGACUGACUUUCCUGCAUCCAACACGUGCCCGUCUCUCAUGAAGAUUGGCAUGAGACAGGAGACAUGCGGAGACAAAAGUAGCUCAGCGGAGAGCUUUCCCUCCGUCCGGCAGACGAUAUAGCAAUGGCAAUGACAUUAACAUUAACCAUGCCCAUAAUUAAGACUGUUUGAUACUGCUCUUAAUACUUAUCCACAGAAUUAUAACUGGCGCUCUGCCCAGAAGAGCGCUCCAGGCAAGUCCCGUGACGCCAAGUUGGCCGCCUCAGGCAAUGCUGCCGCCUCCGCCUCUGGUGAUUCCAUCACUCUUCGCCCUCUUCUUCUUCUUCUCCUCCUCUUCCUCCUGCUUUCAAUGUUCUUUUCUUCUCCCGUCUUGCUGUUGAAUCCUGGCCUGAUCUCCUCCAUGAUUGCCCUCCCCCUUGCUCCCAGGGCCCUUCGAUUGGUCGUGAUUUGAAUCUUGGAUCAGCCCCCUCCCAUAGGCGCCAGCGCAGACUACACACCCCCCUUCGACUUCGACCCCUCCCGCCUCUCUGGCAACAUGCGGCUUCCACGAUUGAUCCUUUGCUUCUUUUGUUUGGUGUUUCUUCCGAUUUUUCUGACUCUGUUUUCUUUCCUACUCUCAUCUUCCAGCGUUACUAGCCCCAACCCGCUCGCUGGCCGAACGAGUGGCUUGCGCGCUUUCUUCUCCUUCAAUGUCCCUUCCUCUCUCUUCCCACCCUCCGCCAUCAUCAGCCUCACCGAUGACAACUCCACCUUCUUCCUGGCCAGACCUGCUGCGUUUGGCCCGCUACUACCUGCCAAGGGGCUCAGUGGCCAAUUAUGGGUUGGUAGCGGUUUUGGAGAAACUGCCGACCCCACUGCUGCGGGCGAACUUGGCUGCUCCGAUAUUCCAGGAUGGGAAGAGGGACGCACACGUCACAAACAGGAUAAGGUGACUACGGCUACGGAGAACAUGCCUGGGAAGUCUGUAGCUGGGACUGUAGGCGGUGGUCCUGCUGCCCUCCAGAACCGCCGCCAAACUGAAUCCGGCCUAGAGUCCAAGUCACAAAAUGGCAAGAGUGAUAGUUCCCCACCACCUUCGACGAAUGAUGGUACAGAUGAUCACCUUCACCAUCCGCUUCCAGAGUCUGAUGCUCCAGGAGAAAGCACCUCUGAUAAGCGUAGCGAGCGGUCUCAAAGCAGACCACCGGCACAUGCCGAUAUACAGUCACUCCAGGAGAGUGCGGAGAUUGCGGGCAAAGUGGUCUUACUGAGCAGAGGUGGCUGCGGCUUCUUAGAGAAGGUCAAGUGGGCUCAGCGACGAGGAGCCAUCGCUUUGAUCGUUGGAGACGACACCAAGGGGGGAAGCCUCGUGACUAUGUAUGCCAGGGGGGAUACCUCGAACAUCUCGAUACCAUCCAUUUUCACAUCUUACACGACUGCUCACCUUCUGUCCUCUCUCGUUCCCCCGCAGAUAAUUGGGAAUGAUGCGAGUCUGAAGGUCGAGUACAAGCCUUCUCAUACUCGACCUGGAAGUCCUGGUAAGCAGGAUUCGGGGUCAUGGUCUACAGCCACUCCCUCAGCAGUCCCAUCCCCGAUAUCAACGGGCUAUUCGAUGAGUACGUCGAACCGCAAGGCUGGACUCUUCUCUGCUCUUUUUUCUUUAUUCGGAAUUGGCAACCGUGCUGGAAAAUCAUCCUCAUCCGUAGAGGAUAGUCACCGACCCCCUAGUAGCGGAAACAUUGAUUGGGUUUUGAUGGACCAUUGGGACGAACAGCUCGCCUCACCUGAUAUUUCGACCGGGUCCACUAAUAACGGUCGUGGUGGAAGCUUGCCAAAGCCACCAGGAAAUCCGCCGUCUAAGUCCAGCAGCACGGAUGGAGAUGGUUUCCUCAUCGGCAUACAAGACUGGCGUGAUCCCGACGUAGUAGCAGCGAAGGGCAGCCAGCCACCAAAGCCAAGUAGGGCUGCACGAAAGGAAGGUUCUCCAUCGCGGGGAAGUGGUAAAGGUUCAGAGUCCACUCCAGGCAGUGCUGAGGACGACUCCAACAUAUCCGGCUGGUCCGGAACAGCUCAGUCCAUUCCUGAUCCUCCCCUUGGCUCGAGGCAACGAGGGUCUUCAGGUGGUGAGAAAUCGUCAAGCGCAUCCAAUUUCCCAAGCCGCGAGGACGUCGAUGUAAGCGCACACUCAGGCUUAUGGGUCACCUUGACUCCUGCAAGCAUGUCUACAAGUCCCUUUUUUGACACCUUGCUUGUUUUGGUCGUCAGUCCGUUACUUACGCUAUCUGUUGUAUACGCCCUUCUACUACUUCGGUCUCGUAUUCGACGCAGACGGUGGCGUGCUCCUAAGUCCGUUGUAGAUCGCCUCCCAGUCAGGACCUACCACACGAUCACAACGACUUCGUCUACGACUGGCUCUGUCCGGUCCUCUAGUCCUGAUUCGUCUUCACCGACUGAUCCUCUGCUUGGCCUUGGAGGCCGAUCAGACUUGCCGUCGUCUAGACAGCGGUCUCAGACAAUGUCUGGAAUCGUGUCAGGCACUGCGGAGUCGGCGAAAGUCACGGCAUCAACAAAAGGACAAAACUCUGGAGCUGGUUCGACUCUGUGGCGACGGAAAUAUACCGGCAGGCAAGUGGAAUGCGUUGUUUGCCUGGAGGAAUAUGUGGAUGGACAAAGCAGGGUAAUGAGCCUGCCAUGUGGGCAUGAGUUUCAUGCGGAGUGCAUUACUCCCUGGCUGACAACCCGUCGGCGAACCUGCCCAAUAUGCAAGGGCGACGUUGUUCGGUCUUUAUCUGAGUAUGGUCCUAUGGAAACUCGCCCCGAGCAUGAGCAGACAGCCGAUAAUGGCUCCUCUCAUGACCUAGGUGCAUCCUCCGCUCCAGUCGGAAUCUCUGACUUGGGUGAAGAUGGCUCCCGCGAUGUAGAGCAGCAUGCUGGUUCCGACGCUGGUUUCCGGGAAGGACGCACGUCUUCUGCCCCUACUAGCUCUUGGGCGAAUUUUCCCUCCUUGGGAUUUUCGAUCUUCAACGGGGACACAAUCUGGCAUCAACGGCGAGGCGAUAGAAACCGGUAAAGGUACCAAAGCAGGCUCCAUUGGAUAUUUUUGAAAGUGGUUCUUUUUUUUGUAUAUUUGCUCUUGAAACUAUCAGAGUACUCUUAGUGCCCGGCGUUGAUGGUAUACCAGGUGUGCUUACGAAGGCAACGAUUGGCGGCGUUCAGUAUUGGAAAGCGGCUAGGAUGUACGGCGAAUAUUUUUCAAUCUACCACCUGGGUUUAUUCUCGUUUUUUUGACGUCAAAAGGGUGCCAUGCGCCGAAGUAGAAGCAAAACAGAGUUUAGUUCGACCAUCCUCUCCGACAUACCCGGGUCGUCGUAUGUUGACUUUUGAAUUCAGUUCUCUGUGGGUGAGCUCGGCAAGCUUUCUGCGAUUGGUAGGAGUAAGUGAGGUGGUAGGAGGCUGGUCAAGUUGUGUAGAGUCCUGCGCUUCUUCCCUCUCCUGAUAGCUGAAGUGCAUUUCUUGUAUUUUUAGCAAGGCAAACAGGGCGUAAGGUCAUUUGUUACCAAUGGGCGUAUCUCCCAAGAAACAGGCACGUCACAAUUUCAGUGCCAGUUUUUAAUCAAUGGAGUCUCAGUUGAAAUAAUCGUGUUCGAGUCAGAUAAAUGAGCAAAACAACCCGUCAAACGAAGUGUAAAGGAGCAACCAUGAACCAACAGAAAUGAUAAGAGUUCAUUUUUAUGACGCCUUAGUGUAGGACAGAAUAGCUCGCUCUAGCACCUUCAUUCUUAAUGGAAUCCUUUCCGCACAGCUCUGCUCCGGACCUAAGCAGCAUGCAGAGAGACUGUAGGGAAAGGCUGCUGCCUACCAUAUUAUAAACACAGCCAGGGAAACAUAGGGCAGAUAAAUGCCGAGGAUGCCCACUCCUCCACACACUGCAGUGGCUCCUGUAAAAUAAGAACACCACAGCGGCCCCCGUAUGCCCAGCCAACAGAGAUUCCGAAUGAAAGUUUGAGAAGCACCUCACUCAGUGGACUGCUGAUUAUAUUACCAAGCCCUUGUCUAACCUAAAGGUAUGGGAAGACCAUCCCCGGAUCGGUUGGAUCUUUUUUCUUGCGUAUUUCCCCAUAGCCGCGGGCCGUGUCUCAACGAAAUACUCGGCGAAAAGACCGUGAAUGACACUGGAGGCAUAUAGUGGUCCUAAAGAGACAGAGAAGUCACAGAUGACAAAGACGGAUAUUACACUGCCUAUAGUCGAUAGCAAGGUGCAUGUGCCUGGAGGCGAUCAAGCAGGGAUCCCAUAAUGACAUAUCCAAACGUAGAUACCAAACUCAACAAAAUGAGGGCCAGUGAUGCUAGCGGCCCAGAUGCCCCUAGACCGCGUGCAAUCGUUGGAAGGUAAAUGAUAGGCAAAAAGUAGCCUAUCGCCUCAACGAUAUUUCCGAGUUGGAAUAUCAAGGCAAGACAGUCCCACGAAAAGCUGAGAUCGAACGGUCGGAUGCUACUUGCAGCAGAUGAGAUUGGAACCCUCGAUGUGACGAAGAAAAGAACAGGAGGAAUAAGAUAAAAACGAGGAUUGCCUAAGAUCAAGGUGUAGUCCGGUACCCGUAGGUAUUGAGAAGCCAUUGCAGCGUGAUAGGAAGUACCACACCAGAAACGCUUGUCCCUG